GUUGAUUACAUUGCUUUUUUGUUUCAUAUUCGUUCGUAUGAACUCACUUUUUAUUAUUUGUUGAGCAACAUCCACUGAUUUAGACAUGAUGUCUUUGCCAAAGACCUACAUUGAUGGCUUCCACGAUCCAAACGAAGUCAGGAAAUUAAAGUACAGACGCAUUGGAAACACAGAUAUGGAAGCGAGCCACAUCGGCAUUGGAGGAUGUUCUGCCGGCGGCGAGUAUGGCGACGUGGCUGAGGAGGAGAGCAUCUUAACCAUAGUCGAGGCCGUCAGGAGAGGGAUCAAUUAUAUUGACACAUCGCCUGCUUACGGCUGUGGCAGGAGCGAGGAAAUCAUUGGAAAAGCUCUACGCCAGCUCCCUCGUCGAUCUUAUUACAUCGCCACCAAAGUUGGCCGAUACGGAAGCACCUGGAAGGACAUGUUUGAUUUUUCAGCUGUGCGGACCGAGCAAAGCGUCACCUCUAGUUUGAAGCGACUGGGAGUUGAAUAUAUUGACCUUGUGCAAGUUCAUGAUUUGGAGUUCGUUGAUGAUAUAAAUCAAAUCCUUGAAGAAACUCUUCCUACUCUUAGAAAAAUGGUGGAACAAGGAAAAGUUAGGUACAUCGGCAUUACUGGGUAUCCUUUGUCUUUCCUCAAGCGGGUUGUCGAAUUAUCUACAACACGCAUAGACACGGUGCUCAGCUACUGCCGCUGUACAAUGAUGGACCAGGAACUGCUUAACUAUUCAUCCUUUUUCCAGUCGCGGGGGCUGGGUAUUUUGAACGCCUCUAUUACUGGCAUGAGUCUACUGACGUCACAAGGUCCACCGAGCUGGCAUCCGGCAACUGAAGAAAUCAAAGUCGCCGCUAAAGAAGCUGCGCUUUUUUGCAAGAGUCGAGGCUUGGAUCUUGCCAACGUCGCUACUCAGUUCACGCUGAGCGUGUCGCCCGCUGCAGUGAACAUCUUGGGGUGCAACAAUAGGAACAUUCUCCUUAGAAAUAUUGAAGCUGCUACGUCUGUACUAACGGAAACCCAGCAACAAAUCGUCGAAGAAAUUCAAAGAAAAAUCUUCGGCCCGUUGAAGCAGACUCACUGGGAGGGCGUGGAGAUAGAAGAGCGGAAACAAGCCUUGCUCUCCCUUACCGCUGAACCUGCACGCUAAUUAUAACGCGUCGCAUGUUACGCUUUAUUGCGUACCGCACACUUGGAACGCGUCACAUGUUACAUAGCUGAUAACGCGUCACAUGUUACACGUUAUUGCAUACUGCACACUUAAAACGAGUCACAUGUUACGCUUCAUUGCAUAUUGCACACUUAAAACGCGUCACAUGUUACGCUUUAUUGCAUACUGCACACUUAAAACGCGUCACAUGUUACGCUUCAUUGCAUACUGCACACUUGAAACGCGUCACAUGUUACAUAGCUGAUAACGCGUCACAUGUUACACGUUAUUGCAUACUGCACACUUAAAACGAGUCACAUGUUACGCUUUAUUGCAUACUGCACACUUGAAACUCGUCAAAUGUAACGCUUUAUUGCAUACUGCACACUUAAAACGCGUCACAUGUUACGCUUUAUUGCAUACUGCACACUAAAACUCGUCACAUGUUGUUGCAUAUUACACGUUAAUAACACGUCAUAUGUUACACGUUAUUGCAUAUUACACAUUCGUGUCACAUGUUAACCAUAUGUAUGAUGCGCAUUAUAUCUGCGUUAUUUAAAUAAAACAGCGUUCUGAGUUCUUUGUUUAUUCUAUAUGCUAAAGCUGCUCUAUCAAUUUCGUAUGUAGUGCUACAUAAUAAUUAGAAAUUAUGCUCUUUUUACUCAUUGGAUUUUGUGCUCCAUAAUGUAUACAUGAUUAUUUCUUUCUAUUGUUAUUUAAGUUCUAUGAUUUUUAUGUGGUCGGUGUCUGAUAUGUGGAAAUUUUAUAAUAUGCUGCUGAAUAAAACUGUCUAUUGUUGAAAC